ACAAUUAUAGUCUUCUGACACCCGGGGUUACAAGAUCCUCAAGGCCGGGGUUGUAGGUAGUAUUGUUCGGACCUAGCGAAUUCAGCCCUGCUUCUGACCUGACAUAAUUUACAAAGAAAAGCAUUAUGGCUUCGGCCAUUCCUAGGAAGUUGGAAACUGUUGCUACCGACCGUGCCGAAAAUCGUCAAGAUGAGUAUCAGUAUUCUAGGAAUGCAAAUUCAGUCGCAAUCACUAAAACCACAGCAUCUCCAGAGAGUGUUGAUUAUUCACUGUAUUGUGGUAUUCGCAGAUGGCGUCCUUCUUGCCUGCGUAGUACUGGGAACAUCCAAGUUUUCCUUGUUGCUGCCUGCUUCAUAUCCUGCUUACAGGCUGCUUUCUCUGGUUAUACAAGCUCUCAGGUGACUACUCUAGAAAAACGCUUUGCUAUUGGCAGCAGUGUUAUAGGAGUGAUCAAUUCAUUUUUCGAAGUUGGCUACAUUUUUUCCGUUAUAUAUGUCAGUUAUGUUGGAAGUCAUGGUCGAGUGCCUUUGUGGAUAUCAAUAGGACUUUUUGCAAUGUCUAGCGGAGCAUUUCUGUGGUCCGUACCUCAUUUCAUCUUUUUUGAUAAAAGCAAAACAAGUUCGAUUGCAUUAAGUGAACAGCUCUGUGUGUUUUCCGAUAACUCAAGUACUUGUGCUCAAGGUUGCGAUACGGAUUCCUUGCAAGGGUGUUCCGAAUCCUCUUCCAUGGGCUAUGCUUUUCUUCCUAUCUUUAUUAUUGCUCAACUGUUAAUCGGUGCCGGUUCAAGUCCAAUCCUAACUCUAACACCACCUUUCAUCGAUGACCAUGUACCAUCUUCUAAAGCACCUCCUAUGAUCGCUUCACAGUAUGCUGCAGCAGCUAUGGGUCCUGUCAUAGGAUAUGCUUUAGGAGCUUUUUUACUACAAUAUCCAGCUGAUAUUUUGAGCUCUGAUAGACCUUUUUCAAUUGGUCCACAAGAUCCUGGUUGGAUUGGUGCAUGGUGGGGUGGAUUUAUUUUAUUAGGUAUUCUUGUUUUCAUUGGUGCUGUUAUUCUGUUAAUGUUUCCACGGAAGUUACAAGAAUUAUCUUGUUGUUGUGAUCUAUCAAAAUCGAAGAAAGUAACAAUUAUAGAAGUGUCGUUAGAUAAUGGAUGUAUAUUGAAUGAAACAAAUGACACGAAAAUAUUGCAUACACUUGCUCCUAUGAAACCUCAGAAUAAUUAUUCAGAUCCUGUAUUGAACACUGAAUUGGGCAAUGAAGACAGCUCUGAAUACCAAAGUCCUUGGUCUGAAUUUUCUUCCUCCCGGCGAAGUCAACGAAAAAGUCACAAUUGUAAUCCUCAUUUUCGAUGUAAACUCUUUAGUUCAAGUGGUACAUGGGUUGAUUUCACUGGUGUGCUUAGUUCACUGAUUCGAAAUAAAAUUUACAUAAUGGUAUGUUUAUGCAUCAGUUCGGAGAUGUUCAUCGUUAUUGGUUUUGCAUCAUUUCUGCCAAAAUAUUUGGAAAUGGAAUUCCGUAUUAAUAAAUCAUCUAGCAGUCUUAUAGCUGGUGGUCUUAUUGUACCUUGUGGCGCAUUCGGAAUAUUAGUUGGUGGCCUUAUUCUCAAUAAAUUUCAGUUUCGUCGUAUUGGUGCUGUCCGGUUUGUCCUCAUCAUAAAUUUCAUCAUCUUAGCUUGUAUAUGCUCAUUUUUCCUUAUGGGUUGUAAAAAUCCUUCAAUUGCUGGACUAACAGUACCAUAUCCUGAGAGCUCAUCUGUUUCAUUUGAAAUGUCGUCCACAUGUAAUGCUGGCUGUUCAUGUGAUAAGAAUAAAUGGUCUCCAGUGUGUCAUUUGGCUUCUGAUAUCACAUAUGUUUCACCUUGUCAUGCAGGCUGUACACAAAGAUCUUUAUCAAAUAGCUCUCAACAAGAGUUUUAUAAUUGCUCCUGUACAUUGUUCAACAACAGAACUACUGAUGUAACACAACUUGGAGAAUGUGAUUUACAUUGUAACACAAUUGUUCCAUUUGUGAUUGUUUUAACUUCAUUAUUAUUUCUUACUGGUGUAAUUCAAAAUCCUUUAUUAAUGAUAACAAUGAGAUCAGUUGGUCAUAGUGAACGUUCAUUUGCUUUGGGUCUAAAAUUUGUCAUUGUAAGAUUUUUAGCCAAUUUAACAUCUCCAAUAGUAUUUGGUCGUGUAAUUGAUGGAGCGUGUCGUUUUUGGCGAACUGAAUGCGGUCGUCAAGGGGAUUGUGCAUUUGUAGAUGUAAGGGAUUUGAAUUUGUAUAUGACUAGUCUUGGAAUAAUUGUCAAGGGAUCUGGUCUUUUUCUCUAUUUCAUUUUACUAUAUUUCCUUCAUCAUGAUAAAUCAGAGAGUAAUUGUGAUGAUCUAGCAAAUAAGCCUAAGCAUUUGGAGUAUGACCUAUCAUCAUCAAAGAAUUCAUACAAUAUUUCGACGGAUAGAUAGUAAUGCAUGACAGGAUCUUUAAAUUUCUCUUAUAUUUCUAUUACCUUGAAGAUUUUUUUGGUUGCCUUUAUCACUUUUUUUUCGGUCUUAUUUUACAAAAAAAAUACUAUUCUUGGUAUUGUGCAACUGUUUUGCAUUUUAUUUUCUAUAUCUUUAUUGUUAGCAAGUGGAAGAGACGAAAAGGGUGUAAAAAACUAUGAUCUCUCAACUGUUGCCUAUAUAACGUACGCCAUCUUGUG